AUGCUGGGGAAUCAAUCCACAGAGUUUAGCGAGAACGGGGAAGAUGAGAGUAGCAGAGAGCUAUGUGCAAAUGGGAAUCGCAUGAAAACAGCUGAAGUCGAAGCAAAGCUUGAUGAAGGAAACAUCCAAGAAGCUGAAUCCUCUCUAAGAGAAGGCUUAUCUCUCAAUUUCGAAGAAGCAAGAGCACUUCUUGGAAGACUAGAAUACCAAAGAGGGAACUUAGAAGGCGCGCUCCGUGUCUUUGAAGGCAUCGAUCUUCAAUCAGCGAUCCAACGGUUACAGGCCUCCGCGCCGCCUGAGAAACCUGCUACCAAGAAAAACCGUCCCCGUGAGCCUCCUCAAUCAGUCUCACAGCACGCUGCUAGCUUGGUUCUUGAAGCUUUCUACUUGAAAGCCAAAUCCCUUCAAAAACUUGGCAGAAUCACCGAGGCUGCAAGAGAAUGCAAAAGCGUUCUUGACUCCGUUGAGAAGAUAUUCCAGCAAGGGAUACCUGACGCUCAAGUGGACACAAGACUUCAAGAAACCGUUAGCCACGCCGUGGAACUACUUCCAGCUCUAUGGAGAGAGUCCGGUGAUUACCAAGAAGCGAUCUCAGCUUACAGACGCGCGCUACUAAGCCAGUGGAACCUCGACAACGACUCUUGCGCAAGGAUACAGAAAGACUUCGCAGUCUUUCUUCUACACUCAGGAGUCGAAGCGAGUCCUCCGAGCUUAGGCUCUCAGGUCGAAGGCUCCUACAUACCGAGAAACAACUUGGAAGAAGCCAUUCUUCUUCUGAUGAUCCUCGUCAAGAAGUUCAACCUCGGGAAGGCGAAAUGGGAUCCGUCUGUCAUCGAACACCUCACCUUUGCGUUGACUUUAUGUAGUCAGACUUCUGUUCUCGCUAAGCAGUUAGAAGAAGUCAUGCCUGGUGUGUUUAGCCGCGUUGAGCGUUGGAACAAUUUAGCUCUUUCUUAUAGCGCAGCUGGUCAAGCCACUGCUGCUGUGAACCUUCUUAGGAAGUCUCUGCAUAAACACGAACAGCCUGAUGACCUCGUGGCGCUUCUGCUAGCUGCUAAGAUUUGUAGUAAAGAGGCUAGUUUAGCUGCGGAAGGUUCUGGUUACGCGCAGAGAGCUAUCAACAAUGCUCAGGGAAUGGAUGAGCAUUUGAAGGGAGUUGGUUUGAGGAUGUUAGGGCUUUGUUUAGGGAAGCAAGCGAAAGUUCCGACGUCGGAUUUCGAACGGUCUCGGCUUCAGUCUGAGUCGUUGAAGGCUUUGGACGGAGCUAUAGCGUUUGAGCAUAACAACCCUGAUUUGAUAUUUGAGUUGGGUGUUCAGUACGCUGAGCAGAGGAACUUGAAAGCCGCGUCACGUUACGCCAAGGAGUUUAUAGAUGCGACUGGAGGUUCGGUGUUGAAAGGGUGGAGAUUCUUGGCGCUUGUUUUGUCUGCUCAGCAACGGUUCUCGGAAGCUGAGGUUGUGACUGAUGCUGCGUUGGAUGAAACCGCGAAAUGGGAUCAAGGACCUCUCUUGAGACUCAAGGCGAAGCUGAAGAUCUCUCAAUCGAAUCCGACGGAAGCUGUUGAGACUUACCGUUACCUUCUUGCUUUGGUUCAGGCGCAGAGGAAAUCUUUUGGACCUCUCAGAACUCUUUCUCAGUUGGAGGAAGACAAAGUGAAUGAGUUUGAAGUGUGGCAUGGCUUAGCUCAUCUCUACUCAAGUCUUUCGCAUUGGAACGAUGUGGAAGUCUGUCUGAAAAAAGCUGGCGAGCUGAAACAGUACUCAGCUUCAAUGAUGCAUACAGAAGGUCGAAUGUGGGAAGGAAGAAAGGAGUUUAAACCGGCUCUAGCAGCGUUCUUGGACGGUUUAUUACUAGACGGAGCAUCGGUUCCUUGCAAAGUAGCGGUUGGAGCGUUGUUGUCUGAAAGAGGGAAAGAUCAUCAGCCAACACUUCCGGUGGCGAGAAGUUUGCUCUCCGAUGCGUUGAGGAUUGAUCCGACGAACCGGAAAGCUUGGUACUACUUAGGAAUGGUUCAUAAACACGACGGACGUAUAGCUGAUGCUACUGAUUGCUUCCAAGCUGCUUCUAUGCUUGAAGAAUCUGAUCCCAUUGAAAGCUUCUCAACCAUUCUUUAA